AUGCACGACAACAGGCCACCUCGACCAGGCAGACAAACCGGAGCAACCGAAGAUACAUACCAUCACGACCAAGCUAUGCCCCUUUCACGACCCAUCGCCUCGCCGUCCCGGCAGCGCUCAGACGAAUCAUGGAUCGAUCUAGCGUCGGGGCCGUCCUCAACCUCGCUAUUCUCUGCGACCGACGAGAUUAUUACAACAGGCUUGACAGUACAGCACGACUCGAACCUCCACAGACGGCAGAAUAGGCGCUCCCGUGGCUCCCGUGGCGGUGGCCAGUUCUCAAUAGGAACCGGUCACAGGGUUACAGCUACAGGAGGCAACAGCAGCCAGGAAGAAUAUGAGGAGAGUGAGAGCGAGUCGGACAGGGUCAUGACAUCCUCGAACGAGGCCAUCGUUCCCUCGCCGCUGAAGUCUGUUGCCUCUUCCGAGACCAUGUCGGAGAGAGAAGAGGAAGAUGAUGACGAGAACGCGACCGCUGUCAACUACCCGCGCUCUACGAGACGCGAGUUUCAGCCACGACCAAAUGCCUUCUCGCGCGGGAACAGUCAACAGGCCAUCCGGUCCCAGUCUGGCACCGUAUAUACACCUCGCAGAGGUGGGAGACCUGUGGGUCAGCGACAGCACUCGUACCCUCAGCACAGCCCUUACAGUGCCUUGGCUCCCAACUACCAGCCCGACCAUGACGAAGCCCUACGUGCCAGUCUGUCUACCCUGCUCUCUGCUGCAGCCGCUGUACGUGGACUCCCCAAGCCAGGCCAACCGCGCACGAACCCUCCCUCAUCUGCUAGAGUCGAUCCGGCAUCACUGCGCAUGGUUCCUGAAUCGGUAGCCUUGGGGGAGAUAGCCGAAGAAGACGCGUCCUCCCCACGCAGCGUCAGUAGUGACCCCUCUGAAAAGCCAAAGCGAAAAGCCAGCCCACCUAUCGCUGGCGCACACAGUAGCAAUAAAGACCGUCGCGCCAUCAAGAAAGCCCGAAAAGCAGGUCCGCUCAUCGAAGACAUCAGCCCAACGCUUCUAACAUGGGUUGUCAGUGCAGGCGUUGUGGUUCUCGUCAGUGCCAUCGGCUUUUCAGCUGGCUACGUCGUUGGUAAAGAGGCUGGCCACGCCGAAGCCAUGGGACAGAUUGGUGCCGCAAGCAGUGAGGCCGGACGAUGUGGUAAAGAAGCUGCCGCAGGCAUGAAGGGUACUGGGCUGGGCUUGAGGAAGCUUAGAUGGGGUUCCGGCGCUGGCAUUCGCGUUUGA